AGGAGCAUGUCAAAGAAAAGACAUCAUUCCAUUUACUGCUAACCUCUACAGCCUUGCUUUUGUUGGUUUGUUUAGCAUGUGUACAAAUAGUAUUCACACUUAGUUGCCCGUGUUAAGUUGGUUGUCAUAUCUAGUUGGGAUCCCAUGCAAGGAAUGAGCGUUUUAUUUGAUCGAACUGUGAAGCAACGCUGUUUCUGAAAUGUUGACCUUUCUAUCUACGAUGUGCAGGUUGAGGCAGGGACUAUCACGAUGGAGCCUGGAAUGUUAAUCGUAUAGACUGCUUCGUGAAGCUCGCGCUAAUGUUCAUUUUGUGAAAAGAUGAAACAAAACUCGAAGAAACCGUCCAGUGCGCCUGCGCGGAUAUCUGCCAAAGACGACAUCUGGAAGGAUAUCCACGAUUGGGCUAAACCGUGCGGGUCACGUGACGAUGGCGAGGAGAAGGAAGGGGACCAGACUACCGUCAUUGGUUCCCAGCUCAAAGACAAUGUCACAGAGCAGAGGAUGCUGGAGGGCCGACUGAUGGAUCUCUCCAAAGAGAGAUACAAGUUUAUCGUACAGGUAGCUUGGCAACGGAAGGCAUUUGUGGACCGUCAGAAGGCUAAGACUGGAGUUAUGAAGGAUCUCUUGAACGGUAUUGAUACCUCUCAAGUAGCAGCUGGAAAAGGGAAAAACUACAACGCCCGAAUGAGAACUCGUCACGAUACCUAUAAAAACCUUCUGGUCAAAACAUACGGGGAUCAGCAAACGGGCAAACGCUGCCCAACUGUGAAUGAGAAAGGUGAAUCGGUGGAGGAGGAGGAGGAGGGUCUGCUCGAGAUGAAACCGAUCUUCUCGCACCCCUUUAAGAUUUUCAAAACAGAGGUUUCAUCUAAGCCCGGAAACCAGCAGAAGUUCAAUCAGGCAAAGAAGAAGAUGCUGGACCGGCGGAAAACCACGCUCAGUUUCCCGGCCAUCGAGCAGCAGGGCUCGUCUGGUGGGAAUAGUGGGGGCGGACGCACCCGAAGCCAGGGUCUUAUCACCCAGAGGCAAAGCAUGCCAGCCACUUUCCUCCGUCGCGACGUUCACAAGGUGAACGCCCAGCAUGGGGAGCUACGGGAGACCAAGUCAGCCAGUAGUAUCCCAAAGUAUCUGAAAUACAGGACUGUCUAUGAUGGCAGGUUUAACAAACUUGAGAAAGUGUUGUGUAAGCCAUACACUGGGGAGAAAAUGGACAGUAUGAGGAGUUUGUUACGGACUCUGCCACCAGCGCCCUCUGCUGUUGCCACACCAACCCCGGUGUCAUCAAGUGGAACUUAAUAUAAAGAGGUUCGAGGAUAGAAAUAAAGGUUGUCAUAUUAUUUUUAAAGGUUACGUAAUACACAUGAAGUUUGACUUCAGCCUUCUGAAAAAAACUAUUUAUAAUCGUGUUGUGAGAUUAAAUCUCACACCUUCGAAACCCAGUCAUGCCACUGUAGUAGUUAUUGUCAACGAUAAGUAUUUCACCAAUAUCACAAAUUUUAAAAAACAUUCUAACAAAUCCAGUAUUUCGUGGACGAAAUACAUGUUAUCCGUUUUAAUGAAUUAAUAAUAAUAAUCAUUUUUUGUUAUAAGUUAUCAAUUCGUUAUUGCAAUUUAUUGAUAUUCGUUAUAGAUUACCUUUUUGCUGGCAAUCUAUGCUUCCGGGCACGAUAAGGCUUUCGUAUACUAUAACGUUUGUCAUAUAACUGUGUUUAUGAAUUAUAAGAUGGUGCAUUUACUUUCUUAAAGCAUACUUGCUUACCGCUCACCAGAACUUGACAAUGCGCGUGCGCAUCGUUCAUUCCUGCUCAUUAUGAACUGCUUGUAAAGUUAGUGCGCAUUUUGCUUCCAGAAAAGGAAUUAAUGCCUCGAAGUUUUUGAUUAUACAAUAAUGCCCUCUAGGCCCUAUAACAGAAUAAUGUCGGUUUAUGAGAUGUUUUCUUUCACGAGUUUAUACACAAUGAAGGGUACAUUUUGUGUAUCCUUUUUUAUUGAAAAUGCAAUGCCUCAACACGUCAGCCAUUUUGUCUGACGUCACGUGCACCGCACAUUGUGAAAUAAUUAUUUCAAAGAGUAAUAAUCACACGAUACACCCGGCACAUGGUUUGAUCACAAACACAGGCAAAUGUCUUACUCAUUAGAACUUAUCCUCAUAAUUAUUUAGUACUCAGCCAAAAAAGUUUUGUUUUACUCUCUUUGUUUUCCCUCGACAUGCAACAAUGAAAUUAUAAUAAUGUUGAGCCGAACUUGCAGGUUCUUUGAAUAAUGUUGGGUCACAUAAGGUGCAAACACAUGUAAGCCUACAUGUAAUGGUAUUGGCAAUAACCAAUAAUUUGCCGCAUGUUUAAAGUAACAGUAUAGACUUAGAGUAAUCCGCCGUAUAUGUAAUAUCAUCUUAAAAGGUCUUCAGUUUUUGGCAACACUUCAAUUUUCCCUGAAAGUAUGACCACAAAAUAAUUUACUUUUCUUUAUUUAUUUUGAGCAGCUUAAACCUUGAAUAGUGAACAAUUUGCAUCAAAAGGUAUCGUUUGUAUAAUACAAUGUAUUCUCGAAGAAAACUGUCAUAAUGUUGUUGUUUUCAUCAAGUAAUUGACAUGAUUAGACUUUACACCAAGGUUUAUCAAUUGGCAUUUUCAAAAGGUAGUGUACAAUGUACAUCGCAAAAACUGUCCAUAAUGCCUAUGGUAGAUUGUUUGUUAUGCGCAAUCCUGCCGCAACGUCUAUGAAUAGUAUUAUUUGUUGUUUACUCUUGCGCUUCCACGCAGGGCCCAAUUUUACAGAUACCAGUCACUAUAACUGUGGAUACCAGUCACGGGUUGUACAUUUUGACACCCAAAAAGUGUGUUAGUACGUAUAAGUUGCUAUGUAUUCAGCAAGAUUUUGUGUUAACAUGGGGUGCGUUCGAUUAGCUUUGACGACGUCAUACCAGGGGCUCGCCCGGGUCAGCCCUAAGGGCCCUGCUUGUGGAACGGGUCAGUUGGGGCUGUCCCGAGGUGUAUGGCGUCACCACGAGAGGGUGAGUGAUCGUUCGAUUAGCUCUUGUCAGGGGCUCACUCGUAUAUGAGCACCGCGGGGUCGACACAGGGAAGCUAAUCGAACGCACCCGUGGUAAUAAUUGGUGCUUGCGUUGAAAAGAACAGCUUGCCGCUAGCGUUUUAAGUUUGCUAUUGUUUAGUCAAAUUCACUUUAUUUGAUGUUUUUCACCAAUAAAGCCACAAUUUUAUUUAGCGAAGAAAAGUUUUCUGUUUGUUCAAAUAAAAUGUUUUUGAGUUC